AUGUCCCUCACUGACCGUCCCGCUCCACUCGAAGAUGAACCAUUCAACGUAAUCCCCGUCCACAACCUCCUCGCCGAUCACCCUUCCCUUCGUUUCCCCGAAGUACGCGCCGCCGCUGCUGCUCUACGCAACGUCGGAGAUCUACGAAAGCCUCCCGACGUACAAUGGCACCCUACUAUGGACCUCCUCGACUGGCUGGCUCUCUUCUUUGGUUUCCAACGCGAUAACGUCAAGAACCAGAGGGAACACCUCGUCCUCCACUUGGCCAACGCGCAGAUGCGCCUCUCCUCUCAACCCGACAACAUCGACAUCCUCGACCCCGGCGUCCUCCGUUCUUUCCUCCGAAAACUCCUCAAAAACUACACAAACUGGUGCUCUUAUUUACGCAAGGAAUCCAACAUAUGGUCCAGCAGCCACCCCACCUCUGAUCAGCGACGUGACUUACUUUACGUCGGACUUUAUUUGUUGAUAUGGGGUGAAGCUGCGAAUCUCCGUUUUAUGCCUGAAUUCAUCUGCUACAUAUUCCAUAACAUGGCCAUGGAACUAAACAGGAUUCUCGAAGAUUAUACCGACCGGAACACAGGUCAACCUGCUAUGCCGUCGACACUCGGAGAAAACGCUUUUCUAAACUCUGUUGUGAAGCCGAUAUACGAGACGGUAAAGGCGGAAGUUGAGUGUAGCAAGAACGGAACGGCGUCGCAUGCUGCUUGGAGGAAUUAUGAUGAUUUGAACGAGUACUUUUGGAGCCGGAGAUGCUUUCACGAACUCAAGUGGCCGAUGGAUGUUGAGUGCAAAUUUUUUGUUGAAUCCAGUAAGAGAAAACGUGCUCGGAAAACAGGGUUCGUUGAGAUAAGGUCGUUUUGGAAUCUUUACAGGAGUUUUGAUAGGCUUUGGGUGAUGCAUUUUUUGUUUCUGCAAGCCGCAAUUCUAGUGGCUUGGGAAGGGGAAGUGUAUCCAUGGCAAGCAUUGAAAAAUAGGGAUAUUCAGGUUAGGAUUUUGACGGUGUUUAUCUCUUGGAGUGGAUUUAGAUUUCUGCAGGCUUUAUUAGAUGUAUGGAUGCAGCAUAGCCUUGUCUCUUUUUCGAAACCGGGGCUGGGCAUUAGGAUGUUGUUAAAGGCGGUCGUCGCUGUGGCCUGGAUCAUAAUUUUCACAUUUCUUCAUAUAAAGAUUUGGGAGCACAGGAAGAAUGAUAAAACAUGGAGCGCUGAGGCUAAUAGGUGGGUAUUCCUUUACCUACAAGUUGCGUUUGUUUAUGUGUUACCGGAGUUAUUAGCCUUGGCUCUGUUUGUGCUUCCGUGGAUUAGCAACUUUUUUGAGGAGACAAACUGGAAAAUAUUUUAUCUUAUGUCAUGGUGGUUUCAGAGAAAGAGUUUUGUUGGUCGAGGACUGAGGGAAGGGCUUGUUGAUAAUGUUAGGUACACCAUGUUCUGGACAGUGGUGUUAGCCACAAAAUUUGCAUUUAGUUAUUUCCUGCAGAUUCAACCGAUGAUUAGACCGACCAAACAGUUGUUGGAAAUUAAAGAGGACGAGUACGACUGGGACGAGGUAUUUCGUGGCCGUAACAAAAUCGCUAUCGGAUUGUUGUGGUUGCCUGUGGUGCUUAUUUACUUGAUGGAUAUUCAGAUAUGGUAUUCAAUUUAUUCCUCCUUCGUGGGAGUAGGAGUAGGGUUAUUCCAGCACAUAGGUGAGAUUAGAACCAUCCAGCAAUUAAGGCUAAGGUUUCAGUUCUUCGCUAGUGCAAUUCAGUUCAAUCUGAUGCCUGAAGAGCAGUUAUUGAAUGGCAGAGGAUCGCUUCGGGGCAAGUUCGUUGAUGCUAUUCACCGGUUGAAGCUGAGAUAUGGGUUUGGGAAACCUUACAAGAAGCUUGAAUCAAACCAGAUUGAGGCUCACAGGUUUGCUCAGAUAUGGAAUGAGAUAAUUACCACUUUCAGGGAAGAAGACAUUAUAUCUGAUCUAGAAGUUGAGCUGCUAGAGUUACCCCCGAAUGCUUGGAAUAUCAGGAUUAUCCGCUGGCCAUGUUUCUUGCUAUGCAAUGAGCUGUUGCUUGCUCUCAGCCAGGCAAAAGCGUUGGUGCAAGCUCCUGAUAAGUGGAUCUGGAAUAGAAUAUGCAAGAAUGAAUACAGACGUUGCGCCGUGAUAGAAGCUUACGACAGUAUCAAGCACAUGAUGCUUGCAAUCCUCAAUGUCCAGUCUGAGGAGCACUCCAUCCUUACUGCUUUGUUUCUGGAAAUCAAUCAUUCUAUCGAAAUCGAGAGGUUCAGCAAGACAUUUAAUAUGAAUGUACUACCUCAGAUUCAUAUAAAGCUGAUAAAACUUCUUCAGAUAUUGAUUAAACCGAAGAAAGAUGCGAACCAAGUGGUCAAUUGCUUGCAGACCCUUUACGAGGUUGCCAUCCGUGAUUUUAUUAAAGACGAGAGGACCAUUGAGCAGCUGAGGGAGGAUGGACUAGCACCUCGUGACCCUGCUGCGAUGGCAGGACUAUUGUUUGGAAAUGCGGUGAAAUUGCCGGACCUCGGUGACGAGAAGUUCUAUCGGCAGGCUAGGCGCUUGCUUACAAUUCUUACCUCCAGGGAUUCUAUUCAGAACAUUCCGGCUAAUAUCCAGGCUAGACGUCGACUUGCUUUCUUUAGCAACUCACUCUUCAUGAAUAUGCCUCAUGCUCCCCAAGUAGAGAAGAUGAUGGCUUUUAGUGUCCUCACCCCUUACUACAAUGAAGAGGUACUCUAUAGCAAAGAACAGCUCGUGACCGGAAACGAAGAUGGGAUUUCCAUCCUGUAUUAUUUGCAGACCAUAUAUGAUGACGAGUGGAAAAACUUCAUAGAAAGAAUGCGGCGAGAGGGAAUGGUAAAAGACGAAGAGAUAUGGACAACCAAGAAGGAAGAACUAAGGCUCUGGGCAUCUUACCGAGGCCAGACACUUUCACGCACUGUUAGAGGAAUGAUGUAUUAUUCUAGAGCUCUGAAGCUGCUGGCUUUCCUUGAUUCUGCAUCAGAGAUGGACAUUAAAGGGGCACAGGAACUUGGUUCUACUGCGAGAGAUGGUUCGGAUAGUUUCGACCUUGAGAGGUUGCCUUCUCGAGGUCUCGUAUUCCAAGGCCAUGAGCAGAGAAUGUCUUCAAUGAAAUUCACAUAUGUGAUUGCUUGCCAGAUUUAUGGGGCUCAGAAGGCCAAAAAGGAUCCACAUGCUGAGGAAAUCUUAUAUCUGAUGAAACACAAUGAACCCCUUCGAGUUGCUUACGUUGAUGAAGUUUCCACUGGAAGGGAUGAGGAGUAUUACUCUGUUCUUGUGAAGUAUGAUCAGCAAUUACAGCAGGAGGUGGAGAUCUAUCGUGUCAAAUUGCCCGGUCCAUUGAAGAUUGGAGAGGGCAAACCAGAGAAUCAAAACCAUGCACUUAUCUUCACCCGUGGUGAUGCUGUUCAAACUAUUGAUAUGAACCAAGACAGCUACUUUGAGGAGGCACUGAAAAUUCGCAAUCUCUUAGAGGAAUAUGGUGUAAACUAUGGAAUACGAAAGCCGACUAUCUUGGGUGUGAGGGAACACAUUUUUACAGGUUCUGUUUCAUCACUUGCUUGGUUUAUGUCAGCUCAAGAAACAAGUUUCGUCACUUUGGGGCAACGUGUCUUGGCAAAUCCUCUGAAAAUCCGGCUGCAUUAUGGCCAUCCAGAUAUCUUCGACAGGUUUUGGUUUUUGACUCGGGGUGGGCUCAGUAAAGCUUCCAGAGUGAUUAACAUUAGUGAGGACAUUUUUGCUGGCUUCAAUUGUACUUUGCGAGGAGGUAAUGUCACACAUCACGAAUACAUCCAGGUCGGCAAAGGAAGGGAUGUCGGAUUGAAUCAGAUAUCCAUGUUUGAAGCCAAGGUUGCUAGUGGGAAUGGUGAGCAAGUUCUCAGCAGAGAUGUCUAUCGGCUGGGUCACAGACUUGACUUCCUCCGGAUGUUAUCAUUCUUUUAUACUACUGUAGGUUUCUUUUUCAAUACGAUGAUGGUCAUUCUAACCGUAUAUUCUUUUCUUUGGGGCCGACUUUAUCUUGCUCUUAGUGGCAUUGAGGAUGUUGCCUUGGCUGACAGCAACACCAAUAAAGCUCUGGGUGCCAUCUUGAAUCAACAGUUCAUCAUCCAACUUGGACUUUUCACUGCCCUUCCAAUGAUAGUGGAGAAUUCCCUUGAACAUGGAUUCCUUGAAGCGAUCUGGGAUUUCUUGACAAUGCAGCUUCAGCUUUCAUCUGUUUUCUACACUUUUUCCAUGGGAACCCGCACUCACUUCUUCGGUCGGACUGUCCUUCACGGUGGUGCCAAGUAUCGGGCAACUGGCCGUGGUUUUGUUGUGCAGCACAAGAGUUUUUCAGAAAAUUACAGAUUGUAUGCUCGCAGCCAUUUUAUAAAGGCUAUUGAGCUUGGUCUAAUACUUACAGUUUAUGCAUCUUACAGUCCUUUAGCCAAGGACACAUUUGUUUACAUAGCUAUGACUGUCUCAAGCUGGUUUCUGGUCCUAUCAUGGAUUAUGGCACCCUUUGUAUUCAAUCCUUCUGGUUUUGAUUGGUUAAAGAUGGUUUACGACUUUGAUGAAUUUGUGAACUGGAUAUGGUACCGUGGUAGUGUGUUUGCAAAGGCUGAACAGAGCUGGGAGAGAUGGUGGUACGAGGAGCAGGAACAUCUGAGGAUAACAGGCCCCUGGGGAAGGCGAGUGGAGAUACUGUUAGAUCUUCGAUUUUUCUUUUUCCAGUAUGGAAUGGUAUACCAUCUGGGUAUUGCUGAUCACAGUACUAGUCUUGUUGUUUACUUCCUGUCUUGGAUCUACAUUUUCGUGGCAUUUGGAAUCUAUCUGGUUAUCUCAUAUGCUCGGGACAAAUAUGCAGCUAAGAAACACAUAUAUUUCCGGCUUAUUCAGUUCAUCGUCAUCAUUCUCGGAAUACUUCUUAUAGUUGUACUGCUUGAAUUUACAGCCUUUAAAUUUUCAGACAUUUUCACCAGUCUAUUGGCUUUUCUUCCCACCGGCUGGGGACUUUUAUCUAUUGCGCAAGUACUUCGGCCGUUACUGCAGCCUACCUGGCUUUGGGGUUCAGUGAUUUAUGCGGCUCGGGUAUAUGAUAUAAUGUUUGGUGUUAUUGUUAUGACCCCGGUGGCAAUUUUGUCGUGGAUGCCCGGACUUCAGUCAAUGCAGACAAGGAUCUUAUUCAAUGAAGCAUUUAGCAGGGGUCUAAGGAUCUUCCAGAUUGUUACCGGGGUGAAAUCCAGAUCCAGCUACUCGUAGUUUUUGGUUUGAAUUUGUGGACUAGUUGAUUGGUUCUAUCAAGAUUUCGAGCAAUAAUGAUGAUGUGGCCGCCAUUAGUUCCGUUUUGAACGAGAGAGAG